AUGGAAGCGUUCACCUUCCCGACAGCACCCACGUUACUUGCACUGCUAGCUGGGAUUGCUUUUCUAUAUAGGUUCUGGCCACACACCUCAACUUCAACCUCUAAGCUAGUGAAUCUUGGGAAAUACGAGACCCUCGAUACUAAUACAGAUGUCACGGAAGAGGAAAAUCGUGGAGUCUCCAAAGAAUCAGAUUUCCCAGCAGGCUGGUGGGUGAGCAAGGAUGUUUUCGAGCUUGAGAAGCGUGCAAUAUUCAGUAAGACAUGGCUGUGUCUCUCCCAUCGCAGUCGCUUUGCGAAGGCUGGUGACUAUCAGUCUUACGAGGUGGCCGGGUUUCCCAUCUUUCUGAUCUUAGGGAAAGAUGGGAAAGUUAGGGCUUUUCACAAUGUCUGUCGUCACAGAGCGUACACAGUCACAAAGAAGGAAUGUGGGUCUUCUGCGGUGCUUGGUUGUCGAUAUCAUGGCUGGAGUUAUAACACCUACGGCGAGCUGACCAAGGCUCCUCAUUUCGAUGAUAUUCCCGGCUUUGACAGAUCACAGAACAGCCUAUUCGCCAUCCAUACGGUUACGAACGGAGCCGGAUUUGUGUUCGUUAACCUUGAGGCUAGCCCAAGGAUCUCGCCGGCCGACACAAGUCUUUUAGAUGCCUUUGCGAACAACAAUAGACUGGACUCUCAAUCCACCUGGGUAGCAGGGCAAACAAUCAAGGCAGAUUUCAAUUGGAAAAUAGCGCUCAGGUCAAAGCAAUUGAUCGACAUUGUCGAAUUGGAGAAUACAAUUGGGCAUAAAAGCUAUAUAUCCCAAGUGAUCAGUAUCUUGGGCCGCUCUAGGGCGAAAUCAGAACACUUUUCGCUCUUCCCCAAUACCUCCUUCCAGUCCAUCCAGUCCUCUGGAUGGUGGUAUGCACUGAACUUCUUACCAGUAUCUGAACAAACAACGGCAAUCCGAUACGAUCUGUACUGCUCGAAAGAUGUUGGUUCCCAUUCCCAGGUGGUUGCGGAGAAAUUGAGCAGACUUUUGGAGGAGAAAGCCCGGGAACUAGAAACAGAAUAUCAAGGGUCAUUCGCAUCCGUGCCCCCAAGCCUUCACACUGAAGCAAUAGAAUCUCAGAAGAAUAUUCUCGACUGCCUCGAAGCUCAUAUCAAGCUGGAAAAGGCGCAGGGAGCCGAAGUGUUUCCCGCGAUGAGAAAGCAACGGGAGAAUUCCAGGUUUCAGCAAGCUGAACUACUCUGCAAGGAACUCGACUGUACGAGUGAGCUCCGAGGAAAAAAUCUCGCAUGGUAA